CAACAUUUACAGUGUAACUUACGGCCACAUCGGCUUAAAAUAAAUCUUAAGAAGAAUAGUUUUUUUUACAGUUUCUAUACUUAUCGCAAUAAACGCUAUUCUAUUGACAACGCUCCGUUAGAUAUAAAGAUGACAAUUGGACUUUAAACUCCAUAAAAGCGACCGACGAAAAUUUAAUGUAUAGUUUACUCAUCUGUGCUGUCAUUUACAUGUUGUGUAAUACCGGGUAACAUCUCAAUUUUCCUUGUACAAAUGAAUAUGUAUAAUAUAUGAUUGAAAGAAGCCAGUACACAUAUUCUUCGUAUACGUAUUCACAUUCGUGCCUAUGUACGUUUGUUAUUGUAGUAAUUUUCUCCAGGAAAAUUCGUGAAAUAUUUUUGGUCACCCUAUAUAACGAAAGAUAAUAUGUACGUACGUUGAUUAUCUUCGGGAUAUGUAGUGUUUAAAAACAACUGUCAAAAUUUGGUAAAAUAAAUAUGUAAUCGAGAUCACCAUGGCUUUUUUUGCAUGUAGAAAUUAAUAAAAAGGUAGAAGUUGAGCUUUAGUAAUGAAAUAAUAAUUAUCAACUGUGUAUUUUCAAGUUUUGAGAUGGUUACUAACAAGGGAAUUCACCGAUUAUUAACUUCAAAUGCAUUUAUUGUUGAGUCGUGCUGAUGUCUAUCGUUACCAUUAAUAACAUUAUUGCCAUUAGAUACAAAAUUCAAGAUUUCCAGACGAUAUGAAUUGAAACGUACAACCGAUUCAGUUUGUUAGGAUGUACAAGAACUUAACCUUUAUUUAAUAUUUAGUGAUUGCUAACCUUGGUUAUUAUUAUUCGUUUAAAGAUUCUAAGUGAAUUUUAAAUACAAAUAAACAACGGUAAUUUUUUAAUUACUAUGAGAAAUAUCUGCUUUGACAAGAGUGACUGUAUGAUAAAUUAUAAGAUUGUGUUUACUAUUUUUAUCAACUACAUUGAUCUGUUAUGAAUGACAUGGAACAAUCGGAGAAUCCAGAAACCGAGAAACUUAGUUCCCAUUAUGCAAUGCUAGUUGCAUUAAAAACCAUGAACGAACGUUGUCGGCAGUUGGAAACUAGAUUAGCGACUGUUGAAGAAGAAAAUAAGUUUUUAAGACUUGAAUGUGGCAAAGACGAGUCUGCAGCGAUCGUAAAAGCAAAACACGAUAAUGAGGGAACUAUUUUAGAAACCCUGAGGUUUAAUCGACAGGAAAAAGUGGAGGAUUUGAGCAUGCAAAAGUCCCAGUUGAAUCACCAGAUUUUUAUGGUAGCAGCAGAAAAUCGACAAUUGUGGAAACGAUUAACAAAAUUAACGAGAAUUAAUAAAUCAUUAGGUAGUCAAUUGACAAAAAUUUCUGAUACACUUAAGCAACAUUCUCCUGCUAAGCCAUCGGACUACGAGUCUUAUAAAUUUUGUAAUGUUUCUCAAUGCAUUCAACAAAAAGAUCAACCAUUAAUUACAGAUAAUGGUGAAAGAGAACAAAGCUUGGAAGAAAUAUCCUUAAGGCUUAUCAAUAGUAUUAUGUUGGAAAAAUCCGACCUUGAACAACAGUAUGCCGAGAUAGCCGCACUGCAAAAUAAUACUGAGGGGAACUUACAGAAAAUUGGCUUCACUUAUCCCGAAAAUUCUGAUACAGACUUAGAAAUACUUAAACAGCACGAUACUAAAUUGAUACAAAUCAAAAAUACCUUACUAUCGCAGCAAACGAAAUUAAAGAGAGCACUGCGAUAUUUUCAAAAAAUGAAAGAAGGGGCAAUGUGUAAUAACUGUCGUAUGAAUGCGAGCAAGAAGAUGUGUCAAGCAGGGACACAAUUCGACUCCGAUGAAAGUUUCAAAGAGCAUGGUGCAACUCAGACCAGCCUCCAAACUUCGAGCCUACCUUUAGAAAAAUGUUCUAAUUCAGCAGAUAGUCCUGAACAAGACAAUAAAAUUUGUCCAUUGUGCGGAUCUUUUUACGGGAAAGUUAUACCGUUCGAAGUAUUUCACGAGCAUGUUCUGAGCCAUUUUAACGAAGAUAUGUCUAUCGAUGGUGUCGAAAUCGUUCACUAACAACUAUUGAAAACACAAAUAACGAUAACAAUCUCACAUAAUUAAUUUCUUAGCUAAUUCCAUGAAAGAUUAUUUUUAAAGACGAAAGAUAAAUGUAAAUACUAUAUAUAUAUAUGCUGAUUGCAAGUGUGUUAACUUUAUCAGGAUUAGACAUGUUUUUCAUUAAUGAAUUUUGCAAACUGUUGACCCAGUUAAGAUUUAAUGAAAACAAAGUACGAGCAUAAAGAAAAAUGCAGUAUAGAGAAAAGAAUUAAUUUCUUAUACAGAUAGUCGAUAAGAUUGUUAAUAAUAUGACAUGUAUUUUUUUGUUUUAAGCCGAGACGAUAGAGGAGAGAAGUAAAUUACCGAGGUUACAAUGGUAACCAAACUACAUUAAAAAAAUAAGGAUAGUCGAUAUCUUACUUUUAACAUAGAAAUAAUAUUUUUUGAAUUUAUUUGUUUCUCUCUAAUUCCGUCGUGCAUAAGCAAAAGUACCUUGAUAAUACAAUUUAUUCUUUACUUAUAACUAUAGGUGGUUCUACAGUUUUUACAUCAGUUUUAUCGGACGGUUCUUGCGCGGUUGGCUCAAGUAAAUUCUGACUGAACCAUUCGGGUCUUUUUUUGGGUAGUUCAAUAAUUCUCUGUGCCUAUUAAAUUUGAAUAGAAAUUAUUGCUAAAAGUAUAUAUUACAAUUGAGUAUAGAAUUAAAUCAAGUACCUUCCAAUAUU